CAGGUGUAAGCCAGCCCAGGCCCUGGGAGACAGGGCACGGUGCUGGAACUGCAUUGCCUCCACCCCUUCCCUUCCCGCUAUCCCUGGCAGUGUUGCUAAGAGCCUCAGAAGACAGAAGUCGCAGCUGGAGCCCCAAGGCCACCUCUUCCAGGAAGUCAAGCACUAGCCCUCACCUCCCCAAGCCACCUACAACAGAGAGGCUCUGGAUAGUGCCUUCGCCAGCACCAAGCCACAGAGCCAUGAGCCAGGACGGCAAAGUCAAGACAACAGAGUCCAGCCCCCAGGCCCCACCCAAAGGCAGGAAGAGGCUGCCUGUGCUGGACCCAUCUGGAGAUUACUACUACUGGUGGCUGAAUACCAUGGUCUUCCCCGUGAUGUAUAACCUCAUCAUCAUAGUGUGCAGAGCCUGCUUUCCCGACUUGCAGCACGGCUAUCUGGUGGCGUGGUUCGUACUGGACUACACAAGUGACCUACUGUACCUAGUGGACAUCGGGGUGCGCUUCCACACGGGAUUCCUGGAACAGGGGAUCCUGGUGGUGGACAAGGGCAGGAUCGCCGGGCGCUACGUGCGCACGUGGAGCUUCCUGCUGGACCUGGCCUCGCUGGUGCCCACGGACGCGCUCUACGCGCGCCUCGGCCCGCACACGCCCACGCUGCGGCUGAACCGCUUCCUGCGCGCGCCGCGGCUCUUCGAGGCUUUCGACCGCACCGAGACCCGCACGGCUCACCCCAACGCCUUCCGCAUCGCCAAGCUGAUGCUCUACAUCUUCGUCGUCAUCCACUGGAACAGCUGCCUCUACUUCGCCCUGUCCCGGUACCUGGGCUUCGGCCGCGACGUGUGGGUGUACCCGGACCCGGCCCGGCCGGGCUUCGAGCGCCUGCGGCGCCAGUACCUGUACAGCUUCUACUUCUCCACGCUCAUCCUGACCACCGUGGGCGACACGCCAAUGCCCGCCCGCGAGGAGGAGUACCUCUUCAUGGUGGGCGACUUCCUGCUGGCCGUCAUGGGCUUCGCCACCAUCAUGGGCAGCAUGAGCUCCGUCAUCUACAACAUGAACACGGCCGACGCCGCCUUCUACCCCGACCACGCGCUGGUGAAGAAGUACAUGAAACUGCAGCACGUGAACCGGCGCCUGGAGCGGAGAGUCAUUGACUGGUACCAGCACUUGCAGAUCAACAAGAAGAUGACCAACGAGGUGGCCAUCUUACAGCAUUUGCCAGAGCGACUACGGGCAGAGGUGGCUGUGUCCGUACACCUGUCUACUCUGAGCAGGGUACAGAUCUUCCAGAACUGUGAGGCCAGCCUGCUGGAGGAGCUGGUGCUAAAGCUGCAGCCUCAGACCUACUCGCCAGGGGAGUACGUGUGCCGCAAGGGGGACAUCGGCCGAGAGAUGUACAUCAUCCGAGAGGGCCAGCUGGCUGUGGUGGCGGAUGACGGCGUCACGCAGUACGCCGUGCUUGGCGCGGGGCUGUACUUUGGGGAGAUCAGCAUCAUCAACAUCAAAGGGAACAUGUCCGGAAACCGCCGCACAGCCAAUAUCAAGAGCCUAGGCUAUUCAGACCUCUUCUGCCUGAGCAAGGAGGAUCUGCGGGAGGUGCUGAGUGAGUACCCACAAGCCCAGACUGUCAUGGAGGAGAAGGGUCGUGAGAUCCUGCUGAAAAUGAACAAGUUGGACGUGAAUGCUGAGGCAGCCGAGAUCGCCCUCCAGGAGGCCACAGAAUCCCGGCUGAAAGGCCUUGACCAGCAGCUCGAUGAUCUACAGACCAAGUUUGCUCGACUCUUGGCGGAGCUGGAGUCCAGCGCCCUCAAGAUUGCUUACCGCAUCGAGAGGCUGGAGUGGCAGACGAGAGAAUGGCCGAUGCCCGAGGGGGUGGUUGAAGCUGAUGAUGAGAGUGAGCCUGGGGAAGGAACUUCCAAAGCUGAGGAGGGCCCACUUGGUCAGGAGGGACCCUCAGGGCUAUAGUGAUCCCCUUCCUGUCCCCAGGACUCCUAGCUGCAAGUGAACCCAGAGUUGUAGGAAAGUCUGCCUGCAGAAAUUGCCAUCCCAUACACAAGGCCCCAGAGACUUAAGUGAAUUGGUCUGUAGGUGCCAAGCUAGAGAUGUGGGAGGACAGCACAGUUCAUCUUCUGCUCACCAACACACACACAUGCACACACACACACACACACACACACACACACACACAUAUUCCACAUGCUGGCUCAAGACUGCAUUCCUUAUAAAAUCCUCUGGAGUUCCCAUUCUCUGAGGACACAUGCAUUCUCAUAGGAAUGGAUGUGACUUAUAGCCACAUGUUACAUGCACACUCUGCGCCUCAGAGGCUGACGGACAUUCACUAGCAAACACAAAGGGACCGUCCACGGUUGUGUGUAUGCUUGUGAAAGCACAAAAGUGCACCUAGAGCCUUUUCUGGCCUAAGAUGACCUUGAGACGCUCCCCGUGUGGGUGGGUUGUGAGUACAGCCUGCAAGUCGCACUUCAAUAAAGUAUUUACCUCCUCAGUGAGCAUUUGUGGGAGUUGGAGGAAAAAGGCAAAGCCGGUGGUGGAUCGGUCUGUGAAUUGUAAGUCGCAGGGGGGAGAAGCAUGAGCAGUAUAAUAUAGCUGGUAGGUUGGAUUCCAAAAGAUUGG